AUGUCUAUAAAAUCUCAAAAAUCGCUAUACGACGAGUGCUCUGAGAUUGUGGAGAAAAGUUAUUCAGUGAAAAGCGAUGAUGAAAGUAUAUCAUGCGAGGACGAGGACGAGUGCCUGGCGCGGCAGUUGAUGAAUAAAAUGAACCCCGCGGUGCUGAGCAAGUUGCGGCGUUGUUUCAAGAAGACAGGGGACAAAUUCAAGCGUGAAAAGGACAUUGACAGAAGAGUGGAAGAAGUGAUGCGCCUUGCAGCAGCGGAGGAAGGCAUCGAGUUUGCGAGCACACGACCGUCGUCGAACGACCCGCUGUGGUUGGAUGAAAAGGGCUUUUUUAAUAAAAUAAAUAAUUUUGUGCAUCCAGGAAGCCACAAAUUCUCGACCCACGCCCUCAAACUGUACCAACUGUUGGACCCGUUCGGCACGGGUCGCGUCAAGUGGCGGCAACUUGUGUGCCGGUUGGUUGACGUGGGGGCGCGCAAGACAAGUUCCAGGGCUGAUGUGUGGAAGCCCGUGGGUGAGAAAGAGUUACGAAGAUUGGUGCAUUGUAAGCGUGAGACCAUAGUUAAGCUGGUGAGCAUAGAGCGAGGUGACUCGUUCUGUUAUGUGGUGGUGUCGAAGGGGGGCCGCGUCGGUAUUUACAGCGGCCUGCUCAAGCUGAUGUGUUCCUAUGAGGUAUUUUACCACAGAAGCGGAAGGCAACGUCGUGUGAAAAACUGUUGGAUAACAGACUUUGUAUAUUUAAGUGAUGUCCAGUGCAUGAUCCUCUCAGCAUCAGAUCGAAGCCUCACAGUCUACGACGCUGCAACCCUCGCUCACUCGCCCAUCUUCUGUAUCACAGGUCUUCCUAAUAUACCCACUUGUAUGUCGUACUCCGCUGCAACGUCGGAGUUGGCUCUGGGCUCAGAGCGAGGAGAAAUCACGAGGCUGCAAUUUUUACAACCUAAGCUUUCGCUGUUCCACCAGAAGUCGACUGAUCAUAUGAACUAUUAUUUCUGGAUGGAGCUAUCAUCUCCUCCUCACACUUCUUACUGUUCAAUAACAACGUGGCGUCGCGUUCACACCCGUUCGGUUCGCCGUCUCUAUCACACGCAUGACGGCCGCUAUCUCGUGUCCUGCUCACACGACUGCAACGCCAGCGUUCGCAUCAGACAUGUGCCGGGACUGCUAGACGACUACGUGUUUAAGGUGCAGAGGGGCGUGACCUGUUUUCACUUGGUGCCGUCCUUGCACCUACUGGCAACAGGCAGCGCAGACGGCGUGGUGCGCCUUUUCGAGUCUACACAAACCAGCCCAUUCGCGACACUCGCUUCACCUGGUUUUGCUGCUGUGUUGGAUGUUGCCAUUGUGCCGGGCAGAGAGAUUGUUUUUGCUUAUGGCAGUAACUGCUGGCUCCACAUUUGGGACAUCUACGAAGAAUGUCUCCUUCAAACAAUCAAGAUCAAUUUUCCGUUUCUCGGAGUGCUCGGCAAGAAAGUGGAGUUUGGAGCGUUUUGUCUUCAUCGAGGCCCAGCUCGAAGACCAGUAUCAGAAGAAGACAACCGUACCCCAACACCGCCGCUCUUGGCGCCAGCUUCUUCGUCACGUAGACCAUCCAGCGUGUGCAUUAGCGUCAGCGGAGGGCUCGUGCUGCAGGCGACUGAGGACGAGCAAAAAUAUUCUGGUAGAGAUGGGGAUCCCGAGUAUAACCAUUUCGACCGUCCCGAGCUGCUGGUCACCUGUUGCGACUACGUGUGCACAAUCUCUUUAAGCACAGAGGACAUCGGCAUUGCUCUGCCGCCGCCGGGAGACAUGCUGCGCGCUAGGCGCCCUUCGUUCUGGGACCUGCCCGAUGAUGUGUUCAAAGAUUCAGCCGAAUCUCCCGCACCGCCUUCGCUCCCGGCAUUGCCUCGGUCUCGGUCACCCAUCGCGUCAACGAUUGGCUUCCCUGAUUCACAGCUGUUGUCGCCAGCGGCGGCUGAACCUGUAGCCCAUUACGAUUUGGACACAUUACUGGAAAAUGCUGGUCUAAAAGGAAUCCUGGAGAAAGAUUUCGUGAUGAUGAAAGGUUUAAAACACGACCUCAAUAAGAAGUUAGCCGACAUGAAAGCCAACAUUGGAACUGUAAGUAAUUUCACUAUCGUUCUGUCGGUUUCGUGCAUUUUUUCGUUUCUUUCUGUUCAAAUUCGAUAUCAAAUUUCCGAUUACCUGCAGCCGAAACCGAAACGGUUUCACAAGGAAGUUUUACUAAUUUUGUGUUGGAAAGUUUACGGCUCAAGACCAGUCAGUGUAGUCGAUCGUUGCAUUAAAACGGCAAGCAUAACGGCGGUACGCAGUUCGGUGGAAAACGGUCGUUUCUCAAUCAAGGGGUUCGAAUCCUCGCGGCGGCACGUGCCUGUGGCGCAGGUGCGCGCGGCGGUGGGCGCGGGCGCGCCGUGCCUGGCGCUGCGCACGAGCGCGCUGCUGCCGGCGCCGGCGGCCGAGCUGCGGCGGCUGCUGAGAGAAGGCGGGUCUGAGUGGGGCACAUUGCGAGAAUGGACGAGAGGUGCUGGACAAGGCGAGUACUUGAGUCUCCACUCAGAGAGGACAUCAGAGGGCGCGGCAGACUACCACAGCGCCGGUUGGACGACAUCCGACGACAUGGAGGUCGGGACUGGAUUAGUCGGGCACAAGAUCGCCAAGAGUGGAAGAAGAGGGAAGAGGCCUACAUCCAAGAUUGGAUAA